UCUCAUCAGGUUCAUAUGACAUAUUCCACACUUCAUUUAUUUACUUUUUGUUAUUAAAAAUCCAAAAUAUAUUAUUUUACUGUUAUUCAUUAAUUAAAUUAAUAAAAAUCACUUAUUUAAGAGCCAUGGCUCGGCAUAGAGAUAUCCGUAAUAUGGAUUAUGAAGAUGAAUACGAUGGUUACGACGAUAUAUAUGGACACUCUAUCGACGACGAUUACUACAUUUCUCCAAGCAACCGACAGUUCAUUUAUAACAGAGAAACUUCAAGGGAUGCAAGAUUAGAACCCGCAGAUGAUAUUCCUGAGGUGGAUACAAUUGAUGAAUUGUCUGACACAGACAGGGUCAGGUUGGAGUCUUGUUUAGAUGAGAUAAAGAAUACUUUAGGACCAAGCAAAGUUUCAAGGGGUGAACUGAUCAAUUUGGUGUUGAGACAUAACUAUAAUGUUGAACUUGUUAUUAAUGCAAUUUUGGAGGAUCCAAAGUAUCAAAAUAAAAUUGGAGACAAAGAAAAAGUUCCAUUCAUGCCACCCUCAACUGUGGUAGAACCUGUACCACCACCAACAAAGGUGGUAGCCUCGACAGCUACAGCCACCAAUGUAGUAAAAGGCUUCAAUGUUCCACAAAAGGAUGAAGAAACGUCUGUAAAACGAGCAGAAACUCCGCAGAAAGUGUUUGAUUUAAAGUUAAUUGCUACUCCUAGAUCACCCAGCCCUGCUUCUGGUAGGGGUACUCCAGUAUCAGCUCCAGGGGAAGGAGAUGAACCAAAAGUAGGAAGAAGAGAACAAAAAGUGGACCCUGAAGCACAAUUUAAAAAAGAGCGAGGGCAUGGAAAAGAAAAUCUUUAUAUGGUCGUUAUUGGACAUGUGGACGCUGGAAAAAGCACUUUGAUGGGUCGAUUACUGUAUGAGUUAGGACAGGUAAACAAGAAAACAAUGCACAAAUAUGAACAAGACAGUAAAAAGGUGGGAAAACAAAGUUUCAUGUAUGCAUGGGUUCUUGAUGAAACCGGAGAGGAAAGAAACAGGGGUAUUACCAUGGACGUGGGACGACAUUUGUUUGAGACAAAGACGAAACAUGUGACCCUCUUAGAUGCUCCUGGACAUAAAGAUUUUAUCCCCAAUAUGAUAUCGGGAGCAGCUCAAGCAGAUGUAGGUUUACUAGUGGUAGACGCGACUCGAGGGGAAUUCGAAACUGGUUUCGACUUAGGAGGACAAACAAGAGAACAUGCACUUCUAGUAAGAUCUUUGGGAGUUACACAGCUGGCCGUUGCAAUUAAUAAGUUAGAUACAGUCUCUUGGUCAAAAGAAAGAUUUGAUGAAAUAGUUCAAAAGCUCAAGUCGUUUUUAAAACAAGCCGGAUUCAAAGAAAACGACGUCACUUUUGUGCCGUGCAGCGGCCUGACUGGGCAAAACCUAAUUAAACCUCCCACCGAAAAUGAGUUACUUGAAUGGUACAGUGGGCCGUGUUUAAUUGAAGUUAUUGAUAAAUUUAGAUCCCCACUAAGGCCCGUAUCAAGACCGUUCAGAUUUACUGUAAACGACGUGUUUAAGAGUACAGGUUCUGGCUUUUGUGUUGACGGAAGGGUCGAAACAGGAGUUGUGAAUAUUGGGGAUAAAGUCAUGGUUUGUCCUAGUAGAGAUCAAGCAGUUGUCAAAUCUUUGGCGAUCGAUGAAAGUCCUAAAACUAUAGCAUUUGCAGGAGAUCAAGCAACCAUCACACUUUCAGGAAUAGAGAUUCAAAAUGUUUCAAUAGGAAAUAUCCUUUGUGACCCCAAUCAGCCCAUACCUGUUGCAAGCAAAUUUGAGGCUAGGAUUGUUGUUUUUAAUGUUGCUAUUCCAAUUACCAAAGGAUAUUCCGUGGUUUUACAUCACCAGUCUCUAGUAGAGCCAGCAGUGAUAAGUAAACUGAUGUUGCAGCUUAAUAAAAGUACAGGGGAAGUACAGAAAAAACAUCCUAGAUUUUUAGGUAAAAACUCUAGUGCUAUAGUAGAAAUAACAGUCUCGAAACCUAUAGCCCUGGAAGUAUACAGCGAAUGUAAAGAAUUAGGGAGAGUGAUGCUCAGAGUUGGCGGGGUGACUAUCGCAGCUGGACUGAUCACUAGGAUAAUUUUAUAAAUUCAUGUCUAUAAUUGUGCUAUAUAGGUACUAUUGUACUGAUGAUUGUUAGGCUUUAUUAAAAUUUCGACAAUUUUGUUAAGGUAUUGUAUAUUAUAGUGAUAAACCCUAAAAUUGAUUUAUUAAAUUUUAGAAAUGCA